AUGCCUGAACAGCCAAAGGACUAUAACAAGGUGACACCGUCAGAUGUCUCUGGAGGCGGCGCAGUUCCACUGGCGAUCCGUCGUCCUAACAAUGGCGGCACCCCGAAGCUCACAGAGGAUCCUAUCGCGCUGCCGCCGGGCGUCAAUUCGCAGACGUUCAAGAAUUUCAUCCUGAGAGUGUCGGAGGUUGUUGGCGAGGAGAACAUAACUAUCAUCACUAAGCCUGAAGACCAUAGCAAGGACGACUACAUGGACCCCAGCAAGGUUCAUGAUAUGUUCAACAUCCUCGACGAAGACUACUUCAUCAGUUCAGCUGUCGUCGCGCCAAGGAAUGUCAAGGAAGUUCAGGCCCUUAUGAAGCUGUUCAAUGAGUUCGAGAUCCCGGUUUGGCCGUUCAGUAUUGGGAGGAAUGUCGGCUAUGGUGGUGCUGGACCACGCGUUCGUGGUAGCAUUGGCCUCGAUAUGGGGAGGAAUAUGAAUAAGGUCUUGAAGGUCGAUGUCGAUGGUGCUUACGCUCUUGUUGAGCCUGGUGUUACAUUUCAAGAGUUGCACGACUAUCUCGUCGCCAACAACUUGAGAGACAAACUCUGGAUCGACGUUCCGGAUCUUGGUGGUGGUUCAGUGCUUGGUAAUACAAUCGAAAGAGGUGUUGGAUAUACUCCAUAUGGUGACCACUUUAUGAUGCACUGCGGCAUGGAGGUAGUACUUCCGGAUGGAAGCUUGAUCAGAACAGGCAUGGGAGCUCUUCCACCACCGAAUGUGGACACCUCUUUGCCUGCAGAUGAGCAGCCUGCGAAUGAAUGUUGGCAGCUUUUCAACUAUGGCUUCGGUCCAUACAAUGAUGGAAUUUUCACACAGUCUUCUCUAGGAAUUGUUACCAAAAUGGGUAUCUGGCUAAUGGUCAAUCCUGGAGGAUAUCAAUCUUAUCUGGUCACGAUCCCUCGCGACGAGGAUUUGCACCAGGCUGUUGAGAUCAUUCGACCACUGAGAGUCGCAAUGGUCCUGCAGAACGUACCAACUGUCCGCCAUGUUCUGAUGGAUGCAGCCGUGAUGGGAACCCGAACGAAAUAUUCAACUUCAGACAAACCACUGACGGACUCGGAGAUUGAUGAAAUAGCAAAAAAACUCAACCUAGGUCGAUGGAACUUCUAUGGCGCUCUUUACGGCCCAGCCCCGAUCCGCGAGGCAAUGUGGCAGGUAGUGAAAGGUGCAUUCUCGACCAUUCCUGGAGCCAAGUUCUACUUCCCUGAAGACAUGCCAGAUAACGAAGUCUUGCAGAUCAGACACAACACUCUGCAAGGUAUCCCUAGCUUCUCAGAGCUAAGUUGGGUGGAUUGGCUUCCUAAUGGAGGCCAUCUGUUCUUCAGUCCGAUCGCCAAGGUAUCUGGAAACGAUGCCAUGGCUCAAUACCAGCUCACGCGGCGUCGUAGUGAAGAGUUUGGCUUCGAUUUUAUUGGAACAUUCGUUGUUGGGAUGAGAGAGAUGCACCAUAUUGUGUGCAUCGUCUACAACCGUAAGGACCCAGAGCAGAGACGUAAAGCUCACAAGCUCAUCAGUGUAUUGGUUGAUGACGCAGCAAAGGCAGGCUGGGGUGAGUAUCGGACACAUUUGGCCUUGAUGGAUCAAAUUUCGGGGACCUACAAUUUCAAUGACAAUGCCCAAAUGAAGUUGAACGAGAAGAUCAAGAAUGCCCUAGAUCCAAAGGGUAUUCUGGCACCAGGGAAGAACGGUAUCUGGCCUAAGAAUUAUGACGCCGCGGCUUGGAGGCCCAGAGAUGAUGUCUAUGGUCCCUACGACGCUUCUUAUCUUCAGACCUCGAUGCCCGUAACGCAUACGCAAUCACCAGCGGUCACGGGAACAUCAGUACUGGGUGUCAAGUUCAAGGACGGUGUCGUUGUAGCGGCCGACAAUCUAGCUUCAUAUGGAUCUUUGGCCAGAUUCACGGAUGUCAAGCGCCUGCGAACCUUCCCUCCCAACACGGUGAUCGGCAUUGGCGGUGAUGUUUCUGAUAUGCAAUACUUCGACCGUCUUCUGUCUUCCUUGGACAUCCGAGAAAACUAUCUCUCGUCGUCGGAACACAGCCUCAACGCGAAGAAUCUACACACUUACCUGUCAAAAGUUCUCUAUAAGAGAAGAAACGACUUCAAUCCGUUGUGGAAUCAGCUUCUUGUGGCGGGAUUGGAUGAAGAUGACCAGCCCUUCCUGGCGAGUGCCGAUCUCUUGGGAACAACCUUUACAAGCCCAACGCUGGCUACAGGCUUUGGAGCUCAUCUCGCUCAACCAUUAUUGCGAAAACUGAUGCCAAACGAUGAGGAGAGUGUCAAAGAUGUGACCAAGGAACAAGCGAUCAAUGCAGUCAAGGAAUGUAUGAAAGUGCUUUUCUACAGAGACGCUCGGAGUUUGGAUCAAUACAGCAUUGCAGUGGUGACCAAGGACGGAGUUGAUUUGAAGGAGGACGAGAAGCUGGAAGACCAAAGUUGGGCAUUUGCAGACCAGAUUCGAGGCUAUGGCACCCAGGUGAAUUGA